AUGCCAAAUAUGAACAAUAGAAACUUUACUCGGAUACCCUCUAAAAAGCUCUACGAUAAAUUCAGCCUCAUAUCAAAACCAAGUCGAUCGAGAGAAGGGAGCAGUCUUUCCCCGAUCGAGAGAAGGGAGCAGUCUGUUCCCGAUCGAGAGAAGGGAGCAGUCUGUUCCCGAUCGAGAGAAGGGAGCAGUCCCGAUCGAGAGAAGGAGCAGUGUUCCCGAUCGAGAGAAGGGAGCAGAGAAGGAGCAGUGUGUUCUGUUCCCGAUCGAGAGAAGGGAGCAGUCUGUUCCCGAUCGAGAGAAGGGAGCAGUCUGUCCCCGAUCGAGAGAAGGGAGCAGUCUGUUCCCGAUCGAGAGAAGGGAGCAGUCUGUUCCCGAUCGAGAGAAGGGAGCAGUCUGUUCCCGAUCGAGAGAAGGGAGCAUUUUGUUCCCGAUCGAGAGAAGGGAGCAGUUUGUUCCCGAUCGAGAGAAGGGAGCAGUUUGUUCCCGAUCGAGAGAAGGGAGCAGUUUGUUCCCGAUCGAGAGAAGGGAGCAGUUUGUUCCCGAUCGAGAGAAGGGAGCAGUCUGUUCCCGAUCGAGAGAAGGGAGCAGUCUGUUCCCGAUCGAGAGAAGGGAGCAGUCUGUUCCCGAUCGAGAGAAGGGAGCAGUUUGUUCCCGAUCGAGAGAAGGGAGCAGUCUGUUCCCGAUCGAGAGAAGGGAGCAGUCUGUUCCCGAUCGAGAGAAGGGAGCAGUCUGUUCCCGAUCGAGAGAAGGGAGCAGUCUGUUCCCGAUCGAGAGAAGGGAGCAUUUUGUUCCCGAUCGAGAGAAGGGAGCAGUCUGUCCCCGAUCGAGAGAAGGGAGCAGUCUGUUCCCGAUCGAGAGAAGGGAGCAGUUUGUUCCAGAUCGAGAGAAGGGAGCAGUUUUUUCCAAUAG